AUGUCCGACAGACUCAACCAAACCACCGUUAACCAGAACACCACCGACGUCUCCGAGCUCGUCCAGCCCGCCGUCGUUCACGAGCGUGUUCAACAGUCCGAGAGGGAGGAGAUCACAGAGGCCAUUGAUAAGGAGAGGCACAUCCAGCACUACCAGCAGCGUGUUCAACCAAUUGCCGACCGCCAGGUUGAGGCCGAAGUUCAUGUUCAAAACGUUGUUCCUGUGACGGAGCGCCGCAUGGAGGCUGACAUCGCUCCGGAGGCUGCUCGUGCUCUCGAGGCUCAGCAGGCUGCCUUCCGUGACGAGCGUACGGUCCUCCCUACCCAGCGUACCCAGGUCAAUACUGGUGCCGUAGCCACCGAGCACGUUCACCACCACGUCCACGAGACCAUUCAGCCCGUCAUUGAACGCGAGACUCUCCAGAGCAAGGUCAUUGAGACCACAGUUCCCAUUCACGAGAGGAUUGAUGAGGCGCCCGUGGUUCACCAAGCCACCGUUCAGCCCACAAUUAGCUUGCAGGAGUUCCAGGCCAAGGGCGGAUCCCUUGAGGGUAGGGGCGAAGUGUGCCAGACCUUUGUCGGUCAGGAGCCGGAGGUGGCCCCCGGAGGCGGAGCGGAUCAGCGUUUGCCUCAUCACUUGGGUGGAGGCAGCGAAGGUUUGACCGCUGGUGCUACCGGCGCCCCUACCGGUGCAAACGUUGGAACGACUUCCGGCGUCACCGGCGCUGAUACUACAUCCGGUACUGGCGUGGGAACUACUGGUACUCACACCGGUUCCAGGCGAACCGGAGAGAGCAAGCUUGAUCGUGCUGAAGACCAGGCCGAGAGCAAGGUCGCGCAACAUGCGGAUAAGAAGGAGGCCGAAGCCGAGUCCGGCACGAAGAAGGAGGGCGUUUUUCAGAAGAUCAAGGAUGUCGUCACUGGUCACCACCAUUAA